GUGGGAUAGCACAACCGACCAAUAUAUCCUCUCCUAAAUCAUUUGUUUUUUAUUGUCAACGUAUAGUAUAGCAAGAAUUGAACAAAGUUCCCUUUUCCUCUCUCGUCCAGCAUACAGUUAUGGAGCAGCCCCAGCCCUCUUUGAAGGAGGAAGCACAUACAACGCUCCUUGUACGACAUCUACCCGCUGAACUCUCACGCCAGGAAAAGAUCGAUCUUCUGUGUCAUUUCGGAGCUCAGUGUGCGCGACCCAUGGGCGUCAGUGGUCCCUUAAAGCAUGCCGCAUUUGCAAGGUUUGAAAGUCAAGAUGCUGCAGAGAAAUGCAUUCGUCGCUUACACCAGAUGGAGAUAUUUGGCCACCGACUGAAUGUACAGUACGCCAAGUCAGACCAAGCUAUCAAUUUCCCAUCUGAAGAUGAUGAUUGCAAGAAAACAAAACUAGACGAACAUCAGGAUAUGAAAAUUGAGGCAAAGAUGAAAAAAGAAAAAGAGGAAAGAUUAAAUGUUCUUGAGGCAGAAGAUGUGGCAUUCCAAAAGAUGAAGAUUCCGUACCCUCGCAAACCAACCCUCUUAUAUCGGUACCCGCCACCAACUGUUUCAACACUCACCAAUAUUGCUAAUGCUCUGGCAGCUAAUCCAAGGUUUUACACACAGGUUCUCCAUCUGAUGAACAAAAUGAACAUCCCCUGUCCAUUUGGCCCCACCACUCCAUCCCCACCCCUUGCCAUGGACCACGCCCUCACUCUGAACCCCCAGGGCGUGCCUCAGGGGUCAAAGAGAGGUCAUGGAGCAAUGGGAGGGGCAAGAUCAGGGGAGAUAGAGGAAGUUGAAAUGGGCCAGGAUAGCUCUGAGGAGUCUGAAAUAGAGUCUGACGGUGAGGACCAAAACAAAAUGAAGCAUCCUGACACAUAUGGAUUGACAAGAGCAACAAGUUCGGUCAAAAGACCAAGAAAAAGGAUGAGAGCUGUACAACCAGAGUUUUAUGUUUCUACACGGCCAGCGGUAAUUCAAACACCGAGUGAUGUUUUUGAUGACAUUAAUAAACCACGUCCAAAACCAAUCACUUUGAAUAUUGCCAAUAUGGAUUCAGCAAGGAAUCUUGGGAGUUCUAUUAAUAUGUAUACUGAUGAUGAAGAACUGGUAAAGAAACUUGAUGGUCAUGAAGAUGGAAGUGAUGGUGUGAAAGAGGGAAAUCAAGCUGGAACUGAACAAAAGGUUAAAGAAGAUACUGUGGUUGUUAUUGAAGGUGGCUUCGGCAAAGUUGAACCUCCAAAAACUCACACUGAGGUCAAAGAGGUUAAUAAUCCUGAGGUCAACUAUAAGAUCGUUUCUGACGAAUUUGUGACAAAAGAAGCCAUCAAGUCAGGACGACUAAGGGAAUCGCAGCUUAAAGAAUUCUCUGUAUUUAAAAACUAUAAAGAAGGCGAAAGAACAAGUAGGCUGUACAUUAAAAAUCUUACGAAGCAUACAACAGAGCAAGAUUUAGUGAAUCUCUUUGGAGCCUUGAUUGAUUGGAGCGCUGAUCUUGCAUACGAGGCUUUCGAUGUUAGGUUAAUGAAGGAAGGUAGGAUGAAAGGACAAGCGUUUGUGACUUUACCCGACGAGAUGAGUGCUCAGAGGAUCUUACAAGAGUGUAACGGCUAUGUGCUUAAAGCUAAACCUAUGGUUAUACAGUUUGCAAGAUCUGCGAAGGCAAAGGUGGUGGAUAAACCAGUCCAGGAAUAGUUAUCAAAUUUUGUUGAAUCAGUGUACCAGUGUGCAGGGCUUUCAUUAGCCAGGAAAUUCCAAGUUUCAAAAUAAACUUAAUGACACAGAUCUUGAAUGAGCCAUUAGUCAAUUUUCCUUAAACACUAUUCCAUGUUUUAUGUGACUUUGACAGUUGGUUCUGUAUUAACAAGUGCCAAAAUGCAGGAUUGAUAGAAUUUUAGUAUUCAAAGUCUUGGUUCAAGACUCAAAAUCCUUGUUCAAUAGUUAAAGUUGUCAAUGUCCUUGAUCAAGACUCAAAAUCCUUGUUCAAUAGUUAAAGUUGUCAAUGUCCUUGAUCAAGACUCAAAAUCCUUGUUCAAUAGUUAAAGUUGUCAAUGUCCUUGAUCAAGACUCGAUAUCCUUUUCAAUAGUUAAAGUUGUCAAUGUCCUUGAUCAAGACUCAAAAUCCUUGUUCAAUAGUUAAAGUUGUCAAUGUCCUUGAUCAAGACUCAAAAUCCUUGUUCAAUAGUUAAAGUUGUCAAUGUCCUUGAUCAAGAUUAAAAAUCCUUGUUCAAUAGUAAAAGUCUUUGUUCAGUAGUCAAAAUCCUUGAUCAAGUCUCAAUAUCCUUGUUCAAUAAAAAAAAGUCCUUGUUCAGUAAUCAAAAUCCUCGAUCAAGAGUCAAAUGAAGGCCCUGAUAUUAUAUAUAAAUAAAUUACAGUUUGUUAAUUGAUUAUUCUUGUUGCUGUAUGUAUUUUAUGUAUAAGAAGGAUUAGUUAUUAUUUGAGUGGGUCAAUCGUUAAUUAAACUUAUUAGAUAAUUGUGUAACAAUAAUUAUGCUGAUAUUUUUAAAACCCUUUGUCUUUUCACUCUUCAAUCACUACUACUCCAACAAUCAUCGUCAUGUAACAAGGAUUUUCUUAAUUUAAUUAAAUCCUUUAUUGGUUAUAAAAAGUUGCAAGUGCUUUCAAUCCAAGUGUGUUAAUAGAUACAAUGGUAUUAGAAUCACUUGUACAUACUUAAAGACACAAAAUAAGCUUAAAUUGUAUUGAAGCAAAAAAGAAAAUAUGGUU